AAGUCCUGAACGCAUUUUCACGUCCAAGCGCUCAUUCCUCAUAACACGGUGAGGAGUUUCUCUGAGAAAGGUUGGGGAUAAACUACAACAAAACGUGGCCUCUUCUCUAAGCCGGGGCACUGUGUGUGUGUGUCUUGCGAGACCUUUUGUGGCGGAGGUGAAGAAGCCAGCUGGUCAUCGGUCUUACCUGCUCCAUCCGCCGGUCCUCGGUACGUCGUGUCCGACCUGCAGCGUCCCCAGAACAUAUGCUGGUCUCUGAGUGGUGGCAGCAACGUGUGUGUCUGCAGUGCUGAGCAGCAGCAGCGGGAUCGUAGUGGAUUAUUGUUUGCUUGAUCCAGUUCCAGCUGAAUUGAGCCCAGUUGCAAAAGACAAUCGGCAUCUGCAGGAUGAAGAUGAGGCAGCUCAGAGCAUUAAGUUGCUUUAUUCUGCUGACCGUGGUCGUCCUUGCCACAGCAAGACCAAAAGCAGGUCUUGACCAAAAGUGCAAGUCUGGUCCGUUGGAUCUGGUCUUCCUUAUCGACAGCUCCCGCAGCGUUCGGCCACAUGAGUUUGAGACCAUGAGGAAGUUUAUGAUUGACAUCCUGAACACUCUGGACAUUGGACUCGAUACUACCAGAGUGGGAGUAGUUCAAUACUCCAGCCAGGUUCGCAGCGAGUUCUCUUUGAAGACCCACAGCAAGGUGGAAAGCAUGAUGAAAGGCAUCAAUGAGAUCAUUCCCCUCGCUCAGGGUACUAUGACUGGGCUCGCCAUCAGAUAUAUGAUGAAUGAAGCUUUUACCGUUGAGCAAGGAGACAGACCACGGGUCCCUAAUGUGGCUGUGAUCGUGACAGAUGGACGUCCUCAGGACCGGGUGGCAGAGGUAGCAGCUGAAGCCAGAGACAAAGGUAUUGAGAUCUUUGCUGUGGGCGUAGCCAGAGCUGACAUGACAUCACUGAGGGCCAUGGCGUCCCCACCUUUUGAAGACCACGUCUUCCUGGUUGAGAGUUUUGAUCUUAUUCACCAGUUUGGACUACAGUUCCAGGACAAGUUCUGUGGUGUAGAUCUCUGUCUGGAAUCGGACCAUGGAUGCGAGCACAUCUGUGAGAGCUCCCCAGGCUCCUACCACUGCCUCUGCCUGCCAGGAUACACCCUGAACGAUGAUGGGAAAACUUGUGCCGCCAUUGAUCUGUGUGCUCAGGGAAAGCAUGACUGUGAACAAGUCUGCGUCAGCUCUCCUGGUUCCUUCACCUGCGACUGCAAGAAAGGAUACCAGCUGAACGACGACAAGAAGACCUGUUCAAGGAUCGAUUACUGCUCGUUCGGAAACCACAGUUGUGAUCAUAACUGUAUGAAUGUGCUUCUUGGCUAUAUCUGCAGCUGUAAGGAGGGAUACAGGCUAAUGGGUGAUGGCAAAAGAUGUCAGGCCAUUGACCUGUGUGCUGAAGGAAAACAUGGCUGUGAACAAAUCUGUGUCAACAUGGCACCGGGCGUCUUUACCUGCGACUGCGACGAAGGAUACAGACUAAAUGAAGAUGAGGAGAGCUGCGCACCCAUUGACCUGUGUGCUGAGGGGAAGCACGACUGUGAACAAAUCUGCAUCAGCGCUCCGGGUGUGUUCACAUGUGACUGCAACAAAGGAUUCAAACUCAACAAGGACAAGAAGACUUGCACAAACAUGGAAAUGUGUAACUCUGUGGAGCAUGGCUGUGAGUACCAGUGUGUGAACACUCCUGGAUCCUACUACUGUAUCUGUCCUGAAGGGCAACUGCUCCAAGAGGAUGGCAAAACCUGUGGCACCUGCAAGUCUGCAAACAUUGACCUGGUUCUUCUGAUUGAUGGCUCCAAGAGUGUCCGCCCUCAAAACUUUGAGCUUGUCAAAAAGUUUGUUAAUCAGGUUGUGGACUCUCUGGAUGUGUCUGCUCACGGUACCAGAGUGGGUCUGGUUCAGUACUCCAGUCGGGUUAGGACAGAGUUCCCGCUCAACAUGUACCACACCGCUGAAGAGAUCAAAGCUGCAGUAAUGAAGGUUGAAUAUAUGGAGAAAGGAACAAUGACAGGUCUGGCCCUCAAGCACAUGCUGGAGAACAGCUUCUCAGAGGCGGAGGGUUCUCGUCCAGCCAGUCGGAACAUCCCACGAGUCGGACUGGUUUUUACUGAUGGACGAUCCCAGGACGACAUCAGCGAGUACGCCAAGAAGGCUAAAGAAGCAGGCAUCACCAUGUACGCUGUGGGUGUCGGGAAAGCUGUGGAAGAUGAGCUUCGUGAAAUUGCAUCUGAACCUGUGGAGAAACAUUUCUAUUAUACUACUGACUUCAGCGCCAUCAGCACCAUUGCUGAGAACCUCAAACUCAACGUCUGCCCAGAGGAGAGUCAGGGGGAGAUUGAAGUGAAGGAUCCAUGUGCUUGUGAGAACCUGGUGGAGUUCCAGCAGGCCACCACGAACAGCCUGGAGCAGCUCACACAGAAACUGGCCGCAAUGACCACACGUCUGGAGCAGCUGGAGAAUCAGCUUCUCUCCAGGAAGUGAUCUGGUCGUCACAGUGAGGUAACAGGAUGGCACAGAAGAAGAAUAGUGAAGAAGAGGAAGACGCCACAUCCUGGCAAAAUCAUGUGCCCACCCCCUAUGUGUCUUAAGGGUGGGUCUUAAGAUGUGGAUAGAAGAAAUCAGAAACAUUUCACAUCAGUUCACAAAUCUUGGUGUGUUUUCAUAAAGCUUUUGUAACAUUUAGUAGCUCUGCUGCCCUUCGUUCAUGCAGGGGUGUGAAAAUGAUCUUACAGUCUGUGAUAUAGAUCCAGAUGUUUGUUCUGUUGUAGUAAUAGAUGACAUACUCUGCACACAUUUUUCCAUCUAACACUGAACAAAGUAGUUUUUACAAAACACUAUAUUUAAUUAGAAUGAAUGCACAGACAUUAGCGUUCCUCAUACCGUAUUCCUACAAUCUACAUGCACCAUUAAAACAAAGAAUGAAUUCAGUUUUUUUUUAUCUCUUUGUCUCUCAUCUGUUCAGUUCUGUAGGCAUGCUGACUGACUGUAAACAAGGUAUAAUAGGUGGUAUGUAGAUAUAAGAGAUCAGUGUAGAGCAAUAAGUUUCCCUACAUGGUGGUACAUCAAAGUCACAAUCUACCUGUCUGCUUCUCUUAGUGCCCUAUUUAUGCUUGAUCUGUUUUAUACGUUUGUUAAAUGUGAUGUAUUUAUAGCAGAUUUUUUUUGCUUUACCCAACAUCAGAAUAGUAAAUAAAGAAUUCUUAGAGGGAGGAGCAAAUUAGAAAAUUUUAUUUGAUUAUCCCCAAAAAUAUAAACCUGGCCUGGGUCACUUUAAAAAAAGUUUCUUUUGUUUAAUUUUUAGAAAUCAUUCUUUAAUCCCAGACCUGAAGAGCCAGAACUGUUUAAGAGGAAACUGACUUAAAAUUUGAAAAGGGAAUUUAGGAAAGUAUUGUUGCUCUCUAAAGCUGAGGUCUGUUUUCCGCAGACAAAAAUGUCUUGCAAUUUGCCUUAGAUUGUUUUAGGAAUUAGGAAUAGGGAUCAGUAGGAAAUGGUCUUUUACUACUAUUUGGCCUUUCUUUGAUACACCAGAUAUUUCCGUCACCCUGCACUUUGAAUUUUUAUUUUUUUACACUUCAUGACUAUGUGUAAACUACAUGCAGUUAAAAUCCCCAAAGUUUACCACUUUAUUCUUGACCAUUGCAGCUGGAGAGCGCACCACCUGUCAGUGUAAACAUAGUUAUCAAGAGGAAAUCUUAAAAGACCUUUUAUAAUAUACAAUUAAAAUAAGUUUAAAAAUUAACAUAAAAUCAGUGUCUCUGUGUGUUAUCAUGGAAUCCUUCAUCAUCCAUGAGAAGCUUUACUGUAAAUUAAUAUAAAUGACUUAUGCUAGUGUAGGAUGUCUAACUUUUGCAGUUUUGUACUAAAAGACGACAAUAAAUUUAUAGCCAUUAUUAUUUGAAUUUCUGUAUGUUUUUGUAUAUUUUCUAAUAGCUACACCUUUUUGUAUUUUUCUAAUAAAUCUCUGUAUUACAGCACAGAAGGCAAUAAAGGAGUGAACUCUG